AUGGCAGGUGAGUUCAAGCGAGCGGGCUUUGCGCGAAAGGUAUACAAACAUCUGCACUUGACUGUAUCUACAUACAGAGAUAACCACCAACCUAGUCUGUUUAAAAAAAGAAAAAGAUUGGAAGUGUAUGUAAAAGUGGUACCAGUGUAUCUCUUGUAUAUUCCUAUUGUGUAUAUAUCUCCUCUAUGUUCCCCUGACAUCCAUGUGAAAGGAUCUCGCCAGCAAAAUGCCUUCUACGCCUUGCGAAGCUGCCACCAGAUCCUCCACGGCGACAGGGGCGAAUUCUUCUCACCCGACUACCUGUGUUCGAACCCCGCGCUCUGGUGCAACUGGACAAUCCAAGUGCAGCCUGGGAAACGUGUGCAGGUCUACCUAGAGGACCUGACGCCAGAGCACAUGUGCCAUCUGAAGACCGAUCAGAUCCACCUGGAUGAGUCUCCAGUGUCAGCCGGUGAGAGACGCAUCCUGGAGCGCUGCUGGAGGAGCAGUGUGUACACGUCCGUCUCAAACACGGUGCAUGUGGUGCAGCUCAUCCGCCCAAACCUGAACCCACCACACCGAGGGUUUUACGGGGCGUACCAGGCCUUCGGCCUGCCGGAAACUCCAGGUCUAAAUGAGGACAUUUCAGAGGACCAAGAAGUCGAAAUGGAAGAAAUGGAAGCCAACGAUGCAGUGACAAAGUUCCCUAUAAAGACAAGCUUCUCAAAUGAACUGGAGGAAAAUGGUGAAGAUGCUCAUGUUGAGCAUACGGGAGUCAGCCACAGCAUCAACCCUCAGCUGAAUGAGAUUCCUACAGUCACUACAGGAUCCUUCAGAGAGAUCCGGAAGAUCAGAGGUGGAGCCAAGAACCAAGAAGUACCCUUUCCUGGUGCUUUACCACAGGUUGACGUUGACGAUGAGGAAAUUGAUGAGUUGGUUUCAGUGCCAACAGAAAUACCAAGCUGGAUAAGUGUCGAGAAGUACACCCCGAUGUUUGAUGAUGGACCACACACACUGGCUCUCACUUACACCACACACUCCACCUCUACAUCCACUGUUACCACACGGACACAGUCCACCAAAAAGAGAGCACUGAAAAGAAAACAGUCUACCACGACAGCUGCCGUGAAGAAAAAUGAGCUGACACACUCCAGCCAAGUAUCCACUCAAACUCCUGACGAGCCAGCUGAGGCCAAGAUGGCCGAGCCAUCAGCUCCAUUGGUUGAAGAUGUUGGUGCAGUUUCCAUGGAGAUGCUGAAGAUCGAUGGUGCCUCGACUUUGCCGGCUGCUUCUGAAGAACAUGUUGGGGAUCUUGCGGAGAACAGAACAAAUGGCACUAAGCGCACUCAUGGAAUGAAAGUGAAGUCUCUUCCAGCCCAAAACUUCAUACUUGCAACGGAACCUCCACGUUUUCCCGGGGGUGAGUGUUACAUCAAAGCACCUUUUUCUCUUUCUCUGUGUCUAGACUGCAGCAAGCUUUUGGCCCCCACGCUCCUUUAUACCGUGUGUUUCCUGCUCUGCUUCUUUAUCGCACUGCUGAUGGCGGCGUUGGGUGUGAUGUAUCGUCGUUACCACCAUGGGACAUUCCUACCUCGCUGCCAGCACAGCAGCAGCAGCAGCUUCACGGACAACGACGUCAACAACAAUCCUAACUCAGGAAGUGGUAAUGGUGGAAGUACCUCCAGAUCCCUGCCUCCUCCACCACCCCUCCACCUGGCUGGUGGAGCCCGUGACCUUCCCCUGCUCCGAUUCAGCCCUCUGUCUCCCCCUGAUGGAUUUGAGGGCAAACCACAGAAAGAGAACGAUACACUUUGAGCUUUGCUGCAAUUGCAUUGAACUGCACUGAAAUGAUUUGGCAGCUGCACGUUUGAAGUAUCACAAUGUUGUUGUUUUUUAAAAAAAAAAAAAAAAUUUCCUUUGUUCCGUUUUUUUAGUUCUGCCUCUCCAUUGUGUAUUAUAAAACUCUAAUGUUAUAGAUAUUAUAUCAGGAGUGUGCUUUGUCAUGGAAGUUUCAUUUCUAUUUGAUACAGUAUUUGCCUAAUUUUAUUCCUUUAUUCCUAUAAGUUUCUUCAUUAUUUUUUUUAAUGUAUUUGAAUUACUUACAGAAAGUACUGGAACUGCUUCCGUUUUCCUGUAUGUACUCGUGCAGUCA